AUGGACUUUCGCCGCCCGACCCCCUCCAGGUCCGCCUCCGGCCCAGGCGCCGCAGCCAUGUCCCUCCCCACCCGCUCCAACCGCUUCUCAUACUCCUUCGAUGACCCGCUCUCGGCCUACCGCGCAGGCUAUGUCUCUCCCGACCCCACGCCUUCCAUCCCCGACUUUUACCCCGCUCCCAACACCCACGGGGCCCGGGGUCAAGGUCAAGCUCAUGCCCAGUCACUCACUGCUCCCAGGGGGUAUCCGGCCGGUCCUGGGUCUGAAUUGUUCACCAAUACCGAGCUUAUUGCGCCUGGUCGUCGACGACAGGGACACGGUCAUGGGCCAGGCCAAGGGGUUAGAGGCGGUGGCGAGUACACUUCGUUGUACGAUGAUGGGUAUGGCGGAGGAGGUGGACGAAGGUCUGGGCGAGGUGAAGACGAUGUAGCAGGGGAGAUGGACCCCUUCUUUGUCCCGGCGCUUCCGGCAAGGAAGGAGGAGAAGAAGGGGAAGAAGAUCAGGAAGGCGCCUGAGAUCAAGCAGCCUACGUUCUUGACGAAGCUUUAUGGGAUAUUGGAGCAGCAGGAGUACAACCAUAUCAUCCGGUGGGACCAAGAAGGCGCCAUCAUCAUCAUCGAGCGCCCAGGCGAGCUCGCUACCAAGGUCUUACCUCUCGUUUAUCGUCAGAGCCGGUUCGCCAGCUUCUCGAGGCAGCUCAACAUUUACGGCUUCAUGCGCAAGGUCAGCUUGCGACAUAUCGAGGAGACCAUCUCUGACCCGGACGCCAGUACUUGGUCGCAUAGCACCCUUCGACGCGACUCACCCAUCGACGAGAUCCUCAACUUCAAGCGUCGCGUCGGUCCCCGUCCAUCCCAAGCCAAACGCCGCGCCUCCGUCCCCGAACAGAUGCUCUCGCCGACCGAAUCGGACGUAUCGGACUCUGGCGACGCGUACCUCCCCAACCUACUCGACGGGGCGGACGUCAUUGCGCCUAUGCCAUCCCCUCUCUUCCACGCCGAGUCGCUGUACGAGACGCCCCCGCUCGGGGGGUAUGCGGCACUCGGGGGUGUUUCGCCCGAUUCGGACUAUCUCCCCCAGCCCGACUAUCUACCUCAGGGCGAACAGCAGCAGGCGCAGCAGCAGACUCAGCAGGAGCAAGGUCAGCAGCAAUGGGUGCCGAGCUACCAAUCUUACAACUCCUACAACGCCAAUCCCGGCCCGAUCAUCCAUCCCAACUUCUCCUCCACCUUUACGUCUACUGCUCAGCAGCAUACCUACGCCUACACGCCGUGCAUGCCCCAAUCGGCUCCGGUGCACAUGUACAGCAAUGGCAAAGCGUACGACGUGCAGGUCUUCCAGGGCCACCUCAGGACACGGUCAGUCCAGGCCGAACCACCCUCGGCGGCCAUUUGGACUCCGGCGCCAUAUGGGUCCAACUCGUAUGGCGCCUUACCUACCAGCCUGAGCGUUGCUUACCCCACUAGCGUUGCCAACAGCUUCGGUACGGGCACGGCUACUGGUACGGCCAUGCCCAACAACAACGGAGGCGACAACAACGGCAAUGCCAGCCUCGGCGGGAACGGCAAUACCAUCCAACAAGGCUGGGUCAACUGUUACACCAACGAGCCCAUCUCCCCUCCGCCCAACUCGCUCGGUAUGAUCGGUGCCCGGAUGGCUACGACUUCUACCUUUGACGGUCCAGCUUCCGUCCCUACCUCGUUCUCGCCCCUCAGCGCCAGCGCCGGCGCCAACUCUGGCUCAGCAGGUCUCGGCGAGCCAUUUCAAUACCGCCCGGCCGCGUACCCGCGACACCACAGCCUCUCCGGCUCGGCCGAAUCAAACCCCUCAUAUCCGCCCGCUACGGUCUCGCCGGGAAUAUACCAAUCCGGCUUCACCCCGCCCGUCAAUGUUCUGACUCGCUCGGUAUCUUCGCCACGCCCAGCAUACUCCCCUUCUCCCGCUACCUCCAUCGCCGUCCCCGCACCAAGCACCUCUCCCCGUCAAGUCAGACGCCAAUCUAUAUCCUCUACCCCUUACUCGCCAACUCAGCGAUCGCGUCCUCCUCUCAGUCUCGCGCAGCUCAGCAUGUCCCCUCGGAACUUCGGGCUCGGCCUAAGCUACGGGCAUGGACACAGCCAUGGGGCGUUAAGGGGCUUGGGAGGAAUGAGCGGGAGUGGAUCCGACGGAGGAGGGUACAAGUCAAGCACGAUGGGAACGCCAGAGAUGGUCAUUCCGGAAUUACCGGUCGGGCGGGUUGUGGUUGUUGGGGACAAACACGAUGGGGAGGGGGAUGAGGGGUUGCCGAGCGCGGGGUUGAUGGCUGGGUUGGGGAUCAGUGGGGUGGAUGGAGGAAGUCCAUUCGGGGGGAUAUUGUUCAAGGGGGAGGAGUAUGCGGAUGAGGAGGGGUGUUGA